AUGCAGUCUACGGAGCAGUGCCAUGCAUCACAACCUGCAUGUUUCUCACCUCGGCAGUCACUUACAGAAGAUACAAAUGAGGUCCAAAAUUCGGCCCUUAAAUGGUUGAAUGCACGACACCUUCCAACCCCGUGGAAAAUCGGUCUUCUGGUUGAGGAGUACUUUAACAACAUUCAUCCAUUGCGAUGUUUUGCCUUUAUUCAUAGACCAUCAUUCUUGCAGAAACUGGAUAAAGAGAUUUCGAAAAGCUCUCACAACAAUGCUCUGCUGCACAUUAUCUGUGCGCUUGGUGGCCAAUUCUACGCACUAGCGUACAGUGAGACUAUCUCUCCGCUUCCAUCAAAAUCCGUGCUAUCGGCCGGGAGUGAGUGGGCCAAGGUCGCUCAGCGGCUGAUUCUCGAGACUUUAGACAUGGUCACGAAUGAAAAUUUGAUGGCAUCUGUUCUGCUUCACGACUAUGCAGUCCGGAUGGGAAAUUUUGCAAAUGCUUUUAUGCUCAGCGGACUCAUCACACGCAUGGCCCAGGCAUUGCAAAUUAACCUUGAGUACAAUACGGAUCUCCUUUGUCAAAACAACGAAUAUGGCCCUUCUACUACAGCAAAAGAGUCAAGGAGGCGACUGAUGUGGAGUUGCUAUGUAAUGGAUUCUCUCGUGGGUAGCGGAGUGGAUCAACUCACGCUCGUUCAUGAAAAUGAUAUGAAGAUCCAGCUUCCCUGCAAUGAGAGAAACUUCACGCAGCAAAUACCGUGCUUCACAGAAACACUUCAGCCUGGUAAUUGGCUGAAGUUUAUCCCUGGCGAGUUUGAUACAGCGACCCUGCUACCAAACAUGGGCAUAAUGGCCUACUUCAUCAGACAUAUCUCUAUUCGGAAGCGAGUUCUAAGAUACAUUAAGCAUCUUGAUGAUGCGAUGGUUCCAUGGGAUCCCAGCUCCGAAUUUGCGAUUCUGGACAAAGACUGCCGCGCAUGGUACGAGUCUCUGCCAGCCAGCUUACAAUUCACCCCUAGUGCCAUUUAUAUAAGGAAAGAUUCAUCCCAGCUUGGUGCGCUCUGUGUAUUACACUGUGCCCACUACCAAACGAUAUGCGAUCUGUACCGACUGGGUGCUCCUGCCCUUUACAAACUUCGGGCUGCCUUCGAUUUCCCACCAGAGCAUCAGGUAUUCCUUCAUCAUCUACAGCAGGUUCUGUUUGAUGCCGCGAGAACUCUGGCAACGAUUAUCGGAGAGGCAGCCCGGCAUGGAACCCGAAUGUUAGCCGAUUCAUGGCUCCCAACAAUUACAUAUGAUAGUUGUCGGAUCAUGGUAUAUCAUCUCACGCAGAUUCUGGAUCCCAGCUUGGAAGAUACUAAGAGUAUCAUAAUGGAGACACUUCCCCUCUUACAAAGCAAUAUCCAUGCCCUGGGCGUUAUGGGAAACCUGAACGGCAUUGCAAAUACUUUGUGUUCUGCGGCAGAGACCAUGCUCGAUCGUUCGGGAAUUGGUUCCGAGGUCAUCGCACCAAAUAGCAUACCCGAUGACCCAUACCAGUCCAUUGAAGGAGAAGAUCCAAGCAGUGAAAGUGUACCAGGAACCCCCAUACAAAGUGCACCUGACUACGUUCUUAACCCUUUGUCCAUCUUCCGCAUGGCGCGCAAGUCUAUUCCAGAGAGGCAUGCCCCAGAAAAAGCCAACACGUCAUCCGCUCCAAAUAGCGCAAGACCUUGUUCUAGUGCAGAUGCCAAUCUGUCACCCAUUGAUCGUAUCGAUUAUGUACAGACGGCCACUGCGGCUCAAAACGAGCAUGAAUCAAGUCAAGCAAGCCUAGAGGAACUCCAAACAUUAUUUAUGUCUGAUCUUGGAUGGGCUUGGCAACCGGCAGAUACUGCCGUCGGAUCUGGGAUUGCAACGGCCGGCUUAUUGCCGUGGGCAGGAGGUUAUCCUACAACACAGGCUGAACCAUGGCUGCCCGUCUUCCCAUUCCCACAGCAAAGUUGA